AUGGUUUCCCGAUUACCAGAAGUUAUUCUUGUUCGCCAUGGCGAAACUGAAUGGAGCAAAAAUUUAAAACACACUUCUAGAACGGACCUCUCACUAACAACUAAUGGUAUCGAACAAACACGAAAAUUAUCAAAAUUUGUGUUUGAAAAUCCCCAUCAAAGUUAUUUUAAUCCUCAAAACAUCUCUCAGAUUUAUGUUUCUCCUCGCAAACGCGCGCAAGAAACUCUAGAAUUGAUUAACUUCCCUAAUAAAGAGAACAUACCAAAAUUCAUCGAACCAAAUAUCGCGGAAUGGGACUAUGGAGACUAUGAGGGUCUUACUACUCACGAUAUUCAUGUUACAAAAAGUACAUUCUGGAAUAUUUGGAAUGAUGGAGCUCCAAAUGGCGAAACUCUCGAUGAUGUGGUCGCUCGAUGUGAUCAAAUAAUCACCAAAAUUAUGGCUCAUCAAGCAGAUCAUACAGAUCACCGCCCUAAUGAACCUGGUGGAGACGUAUUGUUAAUUGCGCACUCUCAUCUAUUAAGGGUCUUUACUUGUAGGUGGUUGGAUAUGGAUCCAGAAAAUGGAAGAUAUUUCCGUCUCGACACCACCGACUACAACUUGGGUAGGUUACUUCAGAAGAAUAAUCAAGACUUUUUGAUCGAUGCUUACUCUCGCUUACUCUUUGAAAACAAGAAUGAUCCCCGUGUAGCAGCUCCACAACAACCAACUCCGCCCUCGCAAUCUAGUGAUGUGUAUACCUCAACGGCUGCUUUCCAGCAAGAUUCAAAACCACAAACAGUCGUUCAACGGGAUUCACAAACAACUGUUAUUCAACAAGAAUCACAACCGCAAGCGAUGAUUGUUCAACAAGAAUCACAACCGCAAACGAUGAUUGUUCAACAGGAGUCACAACCACCAACAAUGAUUAUUCAACAGGAGCAACAACCGCCAACAAUGAUUGUUCAACAUGAAGCACCACAAACCACCAUAAUUCAACGAGAAUAUGUAAGUGCUCCGCCUACACACAUUGUAACCACACAACAGCCUGCUGCUCAGAUCAUAACUACACAACAACCCGCUACUCAGAUCAUAACUACACAACAACCCACUACUCAAGUUGUCACCACGCAACAAGCACCAUCUACUCAG